AUGAGCCUCGGAACACUGGUGAUCGAAGCACCUGAGGGAAGCGGCGCCCUGCUGACGGCCAGGCACGCACUGGAGCAGAACCGCGAGGUCUUUGCCGUCCUCGGGAGCAUUCUGUCUCCCGCGUCGCGGGGCGGCAACGAGUUGAUACGGGACUCCGGCGCGAAACUCAUCACGAGCGCAGACGACGUCAUGGAGGAGUUGAACCUGUCGGCAGUCGAACACCAGCUAGAGCUAGCGGCCUUCUUCCCCGAAGACGAAGCACAGGCAGCCGUGCUGAAGUUCGUGACGUUCGACCCGAUCCAUAUAGAUGAAAUAACCAGAACUUCCGCCCUUGCCGCCUCGACAGUGAGUGGCGCCCUAACUAUGAUGGAAUUGAGGGGCCUUGUUCGUCAGGUGGGUGGAAUGAACUAUGUCCGGCUGCGGGAGACCGUGGCAGAGUACCAGUCAGUGUAG